UUUCCCUGUUCAUGAUGCGAAGAGAAACCGCCGGUCUCUCGAUUCAGCCGAAACUGCCGAUGAGAAAUGCUGGGCCAAGGUCUCUCGCGUACACUAUCUCACGUUCCAUACUCUCUUUAAACCCCUCUACUCUUUGAUGCAAUAUCAACCCAUAUUUUCACGUACCGGCGCUACUGCGGCACUUUCGACCAAGUACCCGACUGCUUGGUCAUUCAUCCUGAAUCUGUUACCCAUGUUGUCCACAAGUCAUACCCAAUUCCAUUCCUUCUUUGUACUUCUGAUGAUCUUCUGGUCCCUUUAUGUUAAUCUGUCUUGUCAAGCUACUUCCAUAACCUGUGAUGCUUGCCAAGGCUCUAGCACGUUUGUAUCAUGCCUAUUACUGUACUAUGAUGGCUCGGCGCUGUUAUAGCGGGUAAUGCACGCCAAACUCCGUGAACUUGGUUACUCAUUUCGGUAAUAAGGCUGUGUGUAGAUA